AUGGUAGACAAGAAGCGGUCACGGGACGUCGUGAGCCGCGAGUACACGAUCAACCUGCACAAGCGGCUGUACAAGACGCAGUUCAAGAAGCGCGCUCCCAAGGCGGUGAAGGAGAUCCGCAAGUUCGCCCAGCAGGCGAUGGGCACCACGGACGUGCGGCUGGACGUCAAGCUGAACAAGGCCAUCUGGAGCAGGGGGAUCAGGCACGUGCCGCUGAGGCUGAGAGUGGUCAUCUCGCGGAGGAGGAACGAGGAUGAGGACGCCAAGGAGGAUAUGUACUCUUACGUGACGGUUGCUGAGGACCAGACAACAAAGGGGAGGGUCACGAAGAUUCUUGACCAGGAUUGA